CUGUCCCGCUGGGUUGUCGAGGUGACGUAUAAGCUAAAAAAGAGGACGAAAAAGGGAAGCACGAAUGAGAUGAAGCACGGCGUAAACCUAGCCGCUCCUUUUGUGGGGAUGAAGAAGGAGGAGGGCAUCGAGUACCCUUUCGCCAAGCAGUUCUGUAUUAGGAGGAACGACCGUGGCACUCGAGUGAUGGUGGUGCAGGAGAUGGCGGAAGAACCCUCGUACGCAGCUGUGCCCGAAGGAAAGCUGACUCACGUCUUGGAGGGGGAAGAUCCUCUUGAGGCGAUGGGUGCUGCAGCACGAGCAGGGUUGGUGACGAGGAUCAAGGCUUCAAUAGAGGGCCAUGCCUAUCGAUUAGGCGAUUUUGUAGUGCGUGUCGGCAAGUGCAAGAAAGGUGCCGUGUUCAGGGGCUUGGCGUUAGAGGUGGAAUACAGGCCUUGUAACAGAGUGGCAGACGGCUUGUCCAUGAUCGAAGCGUUCAUCCCAUCGAUCGAUCAAGAUGGGACGUUUACAGCUGUAUCCGACCUUCAAGAUCUGGCGAUGUUCGGCAGAGGCCCGCAGUUUUCCGUCAAACAUAACGCUUUGCAAAUAACUGAUUUGUUCAACGAAGUUUUCGCUUAGAAACUUCGUGACUCUUUCCAAGGACCAAUGGAACGGAAGGGGCGAGAAGCUUGCAACAUCGCAUUCAUGUUGCUCCGACGCCCUGGCCACACGUGUGCCCGCAAUGUCGAAGCAAGGGGGAAAGAGGAUGGCAAAGGAAAACAACCGAUGCAUGCUUCUGCCUCCACGAGUAGGCUUGCACCUUCGGAAAGUAAUCGGGUCACCCCACUAGGCUACCAGCCACCCCUCUAAAUGAAUGGCACACUAAAUGUUUUGGGGGCGCAAGGUGUGCAGUGCUAUCCAAAUUUUUACAUAAGCCAUUCCACACAGUUACCAACACGUGUGAUCCUGUAUCGGACAAUAUUAAUACGAAAGCACCGGUGGCCGUCCGUCGGCGUGACGUGAUGCAGAUCAUGGCUUCACGUCGCGUUUUCGCUGAGACGACUCGCCCGCUAGGUGAACCUGCGCGUAGAUUAAAAACAUGU